UUAGUAAUCAAAUACACAAACACUCGCAAGUAAAUAAACACAAUCGAAGUGAAAUUUUUGGAAACUGAGAGCAAGCAAUUGCUAAUCAAAUGAGCGUUAUCAACGACGCUGUCCAGCUGGCACAGCCGCAGGCUGAUCACAAUUUCCAAUGGCCAGCUGAAGCCGAUAAUCAGUAUAAAAUCGGCGGCUGGGGCUGUCGGAAUAUAGAACGCGGCAAUAUGUAUCUGAUGAUCACUGUACUGUUGUUGCUGCUGCAUUUGCUGCUGUUGCCCGUCUAUUUAUAUCUGACCUGGCAUCAUCGCUAUUGGCAACGUCGCGGUUUAAUUACCGCCAAACCUUUGACUUUGCUGGGCACUUAUCCUGGACUGUUGACACGCAAGAGCAAUCUGGUCGAGGAUAUUCAGCCUAUCUACAACAAAUACAAGCGUAAGCAUCGCGCAGUUGGCGUUUUUGUCACCAGACAACCUCAAAUUCUUGUGCUUGAUCCUGCGCUAGCUCAUGAGGUGUUGGUGGAUAAUUUUCGCUGCUAUCGCGACUCGUUGACCAGCUCGUAUAUGCAGCAUGCUAAGUUGGACAAGUAUGUGGGCCGCAAUCCUUUCUGGGCCUCGGGCAACUAUUGGCGACGACUGCGCAGCGAAGCUCAGGCAGGUUUAAGUGCCAAUCGCUUGAAGCUGGGCUACGCCAUUUGGGAGCAGAGUGGCAAGAAGCUGACUAGCUUCUUGGCACAGCAGGCGAGCAAGCAGCACAAUGUCGUGGAGACCAGGGAUCUUUGUUUUCGCUACGCGGCCGAUGUGAUGUGCGACUUCAUUUGGGGCAUUGAGGCUGGUACCUUGACGGUCAAUGGCGAGCAGCCCAACAAGGUGCAACAAAUGGCCACCAAGUGGACCAAUUAUACCUUCUACAUGAUCUCCAUUUUUAUGGCCUCGAUUGUGGCGCCUUUCUGCCGAAGGUUGCUGCGUUUCCGUUUCUAUCCCAAGGAUACGGAUGAAUUCUUUUCGAAUCUCACUAAAGAAUCAAUUGAGUUGCGUUUGAAGACUGGCGAAGAGUUGCAACGUGCUGAUUACCUAUCACAUUUGUUGAAGUUGCGAGGAGAGAAGGAAAUGUCUCAUGAUGAUCUCGUUGGACAUGCGCUCACAGUGCUCUUGGAUGGCUACGAUACGACGGCAACAGCUUUACUGCAUGCGCUUUAUUAUCUAGCGGAACAUUCAGAUGCCCAGCAAAAGUUGCGCAAUGAAAUUCUGCGAAGUCUGGAUGCAAAUAAAACUUGCAGCUUUGAUCAACUGUGUGAGCUGCCUUACCUCGAGCAGGUUGUCUAUGAAUCCCUUCGGUUGAGUAGUUUGAUACCACAGUACACCAAAGUCUGCACGCAUCCAACGACCAUUCAGCUCUCUGAGUUUAAAAGUCUUCAAGUUGAGGAGGGCAUGACCAUUAUGAUACCCAAUUACCAGUUCCAUCAUGAUGCCAAAUACUUUCCCGAUCCCGAAGUCUUUCGCCCAGAACGCUUCGACAACGGCGCUCAUCACGAACUCAUUCGUCAGGGCAUUCUAUUGCCCUUCAGUGAUGGACCUCGCAUCUGCAUGGGCAUGCGUCUGGCUCUCUUGACAUUGAAGUCGGCCCUAUUUCACAUUAUCAGCGAGUAUCAAGUUGUUCGCGGCAAUGAGCAGAUAAAAGUUGCGGGAGAUUCCGGAUUUGGAGUAGUUCUGCAGGGAAACAUUAAUCUCGAGUAUCGUCGACUCUUAAAAUAGAUUGGUAGCAACUUCGUAAGAAAAUGUAUCAAUGGUGAAAUUA